CCAAAGGGAUUGCUCCCUCAGGAUCAAGACAGCGGGAAGGGUCACCUUUUCAUUCGCCUCAAGCGUGUGUUGGAUCCACUGCCGCAGCACAUGCGGGCUCGGGUGGGAAAACGAAGAAAAAAAUACUCGCGCGGAAAAUGGUUGCCAAAGAUAAGAAGAAAGCGGAGGAGCCAAAGUCUGGAAAGAGGAAAACGUCGGAGAAGAAGUCUGCGAAAGGGAAGGAUCAAACAAAAGAAAAGUUGUCAGUGGCGAAGGAGCUUACUCCUAACGACGAGGCUGAGAAACUCUCUCAAAUGUGGGAGGAGUUAAAAGAGCUUAAUGACAAGAAGCUUGACGCCAACUCGUUCACCCUUCCAGCGUCCUGCCUCCUUCGACCUUUUGCUGAUGACAGUGGCAAGAGACCGCUAGAGGUUCGCGAGCCCGAGGAGAGGCAGGUCCGACGGAUCGUGGACUCCAUGAAGAGGAACCCUUUUGCAGACACUCUGGCUCACGUCGGCUUGAUUGAUCCUUCACAGGCUCGUACGAAGGAAGAUGUGGAUCUCGGCAAGCUGCUCUUUGGAGGCUACAAAGUUUCGUGCUCGGUGGUGGACACACAAGGGAGGCCAGAGAACGCCUUAGGAACCUUCACCCGACUGUCUCUGCUUUCCAAAAGGCGAAUUGUUUCAUUUACGUCRGYCUCACCRUYCAGGAAGCUCGUGGCCGCAAAGYAACUCUCGAUUGAUGGUAUGCGGAAGAAGUUUGAGGUGGCGAAGAGGUUCGGUCGAGUGGUUAGGUAUUUCUUAACAKAAWCAAAGUCAGCAGAUUGGGCUAGCUGCAAAGAACUUUACCCACUCMACACAACCAAGGAUGUUUUGGAGCCYYUYGCCAGUAAYUGGAARCARAAGGCRGAUGUACCUCGAGCUUUGCAACARCACGUUGCUCGAGCGAAGRCGUGGAAGGARCYGAAUGACAAAASGGAGGCCGAAAGUCGAAGAACAAGGUYUAAACUCGUCGUCUCAKAAAAARCUGGUACUCACUUCUUGGACUGGACGGAGGUGAAAUAUAAAGAACAYUGCGGCAACGUGAAAGUCCUGGAAGGCGAUAUGAUGGACUUGAAGAACUUGACAGAGAAGUUGCCUUUCUCUCUGAUUAUCUGCGACUUCCCGUAUGGGUUUAAUCUGCCAAUGUCCUCUGGCGAUCUGUUCCUUUUCCUGAGGAGCACAUUGUUCAGGUCCUUGAGAACAUCAAGGAGGUAUGCAGUGGACUGUUGGGUGACAAUAGCCGGAUUCUGCUCUCUAGACAUGCUGCCCUCGGUUCGGCGAACGUUCAAGAUGGUUUGCAAUGCAGGAGAGGAGGUGGUCACGUGGUGCAAGCCGAAUGUCAUGAACACUGGAGGGCCUCGUCUUGUGAGCGCGACGGAGUUUUGUGUCAUCGGCUACUACGACCAAAGUGGUUCUCGAGAGGCAGCUCAUUACAAUUUUGCCAGCAUGGACCCUAGGCACAACUACAGGCUGUUCGAUGCCGUCAUGAAGAAGUAUAUUCAUCCGAUUGACGUCGAGGUGCUGUGCCCUUACCAGAAGCCCGUCGCCUUGUAUGCGUGGUUGAUCGAGAAAUUCUCUCCUCCUGGCGCUUAUAUCAUCGACGGUUUUUCCGAGUCCGAAACAGAGGAGGGGCCAGCAGCGCAUGCAUUCAACAAGGACCCCGAACAACAAGCAGAGGUCGAAGAGGAGCUCAGCGGACAGGAAUACGAUGAAGAUGAGGAGGACGAGGACAACCCGAUGGGAGUAGAGGACGUGGGGGGAGACGAAGACGAGGAGGAGGAAGAAGAAGAAGAAGAAGAAGAUGAGGAAGAGGAAGAAGAGGAAGAAGAGGAAGAAGAGGAUGAAGAGGAAGAAGAGGAAGAAGAGGAAGAUGAGGAAGAUGAGGCUGAAGAGGAAGACGAGGAUGUUCAGGACGUAGGCAGGGCACGAAAGAGGAGGAAAAAGGACAGUUGGGUGCAAAACAUUCUCAUGUCGGCGAAACAAACCACGAAACUUCUUCCAUUCUUGUGGGCUGUUUGCCUCACAGCUGCCGGAGUGAAGCUGUACGCGCAGACGGAGAAGCACUACAGAUGUUAUGGCGAGAUCAUUUUUGCAAGUUGGGUGAUGGAAGAACCGGACUCGUUCGCCGAAAUGUGGGUUUUCAUUGGAGAGCUCGGUGAAUACUUGGAUCCACGUCUUAAGACCAGGCUUCUUCCGUUCAGGUACCUGAUCGCUGAGCCGACGUCGACCCCAGGCCCGUCGAAAACGAAGCCAGGCAAGCGGAGAACGCCUCCUCCAGUUGUAGUCUCCCCGCAUACGUGUGUCGAGUCCUCGGCAGUUCUGGAGAAAGGUUCGGGUACGAAGCCUGAAGCUCCGAAAAAGAAAGUACUUGCGGAGAAAGCUGCGGCGUCUUCGAAAAGGAAAGGCAAAGCUCUGCAAGACGAGCUGGGUACGAAGCCAAAAACUCCGAAAAAGAAAGUACCUGCGCCGAAAGCUGCGGCGUCUUCGAAAGGGAAAGGCAAAACUCCGCAAGACGAGCUUCAAGUUCCUCGAGGUCUUGUUCCCGGYGAACUCAAYGASGAGCUGACACGGGCCUGGAACGAGCUGGAGAGUUUAAAGGAGAAGAAAAUUUCCCAAGAGCCUUUUUACCUGCGCAUGUCGUGUCUGCGACGACCGCCGGACGAUGGAGCAAGAAACAGGCCACUCGAGAUUCGGGAGCCCGAAGAGGACCACGUUUCCACAAUCAUGGAUUCGAUGAUUACUUGCCCGACUGGGGAUCAUCUUCCCUUCGUUGGUGUCGUGGAUCCGUCGGAGGUGAAAGAUAAGAAGGACGUGGAUCUGGCCCGGUUGCGCAAAGGUGGUUACACCAUCUAUGUUCUUGGAGGUGGACAUUGCCGGGAGGCGAGGGAGCGCCUGCAGAAGAUCUACCCUGACAAGGAGGAUUGCAAAUGGACUGUGUGCUAUGUCUAUGCGGGCCUGACUACGGAAGAAGCGAGGCAGAUCGCGAUGCGUCCCAAAGAGAUCUGGGACCUGCAACUGCGAAUUUUUGAGAUGUGGCAGAAGGGGGAGGUCAAGAACCAGAAACUCAAGCCUCUUGCGAAAAGUCAGAUACGCACACACGUCGCUCCAGAGUCCAGCGAGUCGGAGGGUGGCAAGAAACAACGCGGGGCGAGAAAGCUGGACAGGGCUGUUGCAAAGCAGCAAGAGAUAACGUUCUUCAAUCCUCGCCUAAAAUUGAAGGACAACAAAGUUGCUUCGGCCUCGGCUGACAUGCCUGCGCAUCCGUGGAUUACGAUGGGCAAUAUCCUGCACGACGCUAUCAUCCCCAUCUUGACGGAAGUUGUGUCCAAGCAGAUCUCCCUGGAAGAGAUGAAGAGGAAGUUCAAGGUCGUGAAGAAGUUUGGCUACGUUGCAAAGGCCUUCUGCGAAGGUGUCAAAUGCAAAGACUUCAAAACCGCAGAGGAGUUGUAUCCUUUGCAUACCAAGAAGGAGGUUCUCGAGCCAUUCAUUGGGAGUUUUGAGAGGCGAGGGGCUAAACCCACUGCUUUGCUAAAUCACAUUGAACGAGCGAAGGAGUGGAGGAAGAUGGAGGACAAGAGAAUUAAAGAUGUACAAAGAGCGAGUCACGAUUUCUUCCGAGCGCAUUCCCUGGACGACCCUUUCGCGGACUGGACUGACGUGAAGUACGAAGGGUGCUCGGGGCAGGUCAAGGUCAUUCAAGGCAUUAUGUUGCAUUUGGCACAGCUGCAAAAGGACAAGGUGCUGAUUUCCCUUUCCAUCUUCGAUUUGCCCUACAACUUUGCGCACAAAGGACACGCGCGUGACACGGAGCCAUUCCCGGAGAGUGACAUUGUCGCUGUGCUCCAUAAUGUCAAGGAGGUUUCGAGCGCAUCACUCUGGAUAGUCGCUGCUUUCUGCUCUGUGGACAUGCUAUCCUCAAUGAGGUCCGCGUUUGCGAAGAUCUGCAAUGCUGGUCAAGAGCUUGUCACGUGGUGCAAGCCGAACACGAUGAAUCCCGGUGGCCCGAGACUUGUCAGCUCGACGAAGUUCUGCGUUCUGGGGUACUACAAUGUGAUAGGCCAACGUGAGAUGACGCAUUACAACUUCGCUCCCACCGAUCCCCGCCACAACUUUCAACUUUUUGAUGCGGUCACGCGAAAGUUUGUGCACCCGGCUGAUGACAAGGUGCUUUGUCCGUACCAGAAACCUUAUGCAUUAUAUUCCUGGUUGGUCACAAAGUUCUCUCCACCACGUGCCACCGUUUUGGACGGCUUUUCGGGCUCGGGUACGGGGGCCAUUGCUUGCGUGAUGGCGAACAGGAACUGUCUUGUUGUGGAGCUGGACAUGCGGUGUGCGAAGGGAAUCCACAUGAGGCUGCUCACUGACCUUGAGACCGGGGAUUGCUGCUGUUGUCGUCGUCGCUUGUUUCUGUAAUAGAACUGUCUUUGAGACCG